GGGAGCUACAGAGAGCGGGGAGAAGGGAGAGGAGGAGAAGAAAGCAUAAUUCCUUGCCCAACUCCAGCCCCACGCCCAGCCAAACAACAGCCUGGUCGGCACCGGCUUCCACUCCCGCUCCAGCCUACCUCCAUUUCGGCUCCAGCCUCGCACCCACCUCCGGCUCUCAGUCAGCCUGUUUGCAUCCUCCCUCCCGGUUCCUGCCCUGAGCCAGCUCCUACUCCGGGAUUCCGUAACCAGACCUUCAAGCCAUGGCUGGUCCCUUCUCUCGUCUCCUGUCUGCCCGCCCGGGGCUCAGACUCCUGGCUUUGGCUGGAGCUGGGUCUGUAGCCGCUGGGUUUCUGCUCCGCUCGGAACCUGUUCGAGCCGCCGGCGAACGACGGAGGCUGUAUCCCCCGAGUGCUGAGUACCCAGACCUCCGAAAGCACAACAACUGCAUGGCCAGUCACCUGACCCCAGCAGUCUAUGCCCGGCUCUGCGACAAGACCACACCCACUGGUUGGACGCUAGAUCAGUGUAUCCAGACUGGCGUGGACAACCCUGGCCACCCCUUCAUCAAGACUGUGGGCAUGGUAGCUGGUGAUGAGGAGACCUAUGAGGUAUUUGCUGAGCUGUUUGACCCUGUGAUCCAAGAGCGACACAAUGGAUAUAACCCCCAGACGAUGAAACAUACCACUGACCUGGAUGCCAGCAAGAUCCGUUCUGGCUACUUUGAUGAGAGGUAUGUAUUGUCCUCAAGAGUCAGAACUGGCCGAAGUAUCCGGGGACUCAGCCUGCCUCCAGCCUGCACCCGGGCAGAGAGACGAGAGGUGGAGCGUGUUGUGGUGGAGGCACUGAGUGGCCUGAAGGGUGACCUGGCUGGACGCUACUAUCGGCUCAGUGAGAUGACAGAGGCUGAGCAGCAGCAGCUAAUUGAUGACCACUUCCUGUUUGAUAAGCCUGUGUCCCCAUUAUUGACCGCAGCAGGAAUGGCUCGAGACUGGCCAGAUGCUCGUGGAAUCUGGCACAACAAUGAGAAGAGCUUCUUGAUCUGGGUGAAUGAGGAGGAUCAUACACGGGUCAUCUCCAUGGAGAAGGGUGGCAACAUGAAGAAAGUGUUUGAAAGAUUCUGCCGAGGCCUCAAAGAGGUGGAGCGGCUGAUCCAGGAGCGUGGCUGGGAGUUCAUGUGGAAUGAGCGUUUGGGAUACAUCUUGACCUGUCCGUCUAACCUAGGCACUGGACUUCGGGCAGGAGUGCACAUCAAACUGCCCCUGCUAAGCAAAGAUAGCCGCUUCCCAAAGAUCCUAGAGAACCUAAGACUCCAAAAACGUGGAACUGGAGGAGUGGACACAGCUGCCACAGGCAGCAUCGUUGACAUCUCUAAUUUGGACCGACUGGGCAAGUCAGAGGUGGAGCUGGUGCAGCUAGUCAUCGAUGGAGUAAACUAUUUGAUUGACUGUGAACGGCGUCUGGAGAGAGGCCAGGAUAUCCGCGUCCCUCCGCCUCUCAACAAGCAUUAACUCCCAUCCCCAGCAGAUGACUCAAGACUCCCAGGACCUCUGCCAUUCUAACAGUGGCCCAUUCUCCUUACUCUGGAUGCCCCCUUUCCCCCCUCACUCCCUCUGUCCUAGUAAAGACUCCUUGCUACGC